CGGACUGACAACGUUUUUUUUUUUUUUUAGAAAUGACAACAUUUUCCCUAGUACUAGACAACUGUUUUUCUCAGAGCUGCACAGCGUUGCUAUUUUAAGAUCACAGUCUGCAACUGGAUUGAUUUACAUGACCAACCUCAUAACUAAACGCUCUAACACUGGUGACCUGAUUUAGAAACGUUUAGUUAUGGCUGAGAAAAUGUUAUUUAGAUUCGGUGUCAUUCUGACUUCGGAGUCCUCGGACGUUGAGGUUUUAGUUCUGGGUUCGCGAGAGGAAAUGGGCCACUGGGAGCCGAAUAGAGCGGUUCGUAUGAAAGCCUCCCACAAGCUACCGUCACCAGAUCAGCCGUGUCUGUGGACCUGUGAGGUGGAGCUGGCCGAGCCGUUCAAAGACACUUUUUGGUUCAAGUUCAUCAAAAGGAUAAAGGAUAGUUUUAUCUGGGAAGGUAGCGGUCCGAGUCAUGACAGGCUUUGCUCGUACGAUGAGAGAAAUGUAGUGGAUGGAGUGUACUGCCAUCCAAUUGAUCACUGGAUAGAGGAAACAGGACGCACCGAUGAGAUGAGACACACCACUAAUUUCUACUUUAAAGUUGCAGGUCAGAAGGCCAUACAUUUCUCCAGAGUUCUGCCACGUGUCUGGCUAGGAAGCUGCCCUCGACAGGUGGAACAUGUGACCAUAAAGAUGAAGCACGAAUUGGGCAUCACUGCCGUGAUGAACUUCCAGACGGAGUGGGAUGUAGUUAACAACUCUGGUGGAUGCCGACGUAACCUGAUGGAAGCCAUGACACCUGAGACCUUAAUGCAUUUGUACAAGGACUAUGGCAUUGUGUAUGUGUGGCUACCAACACCCGACAUGAGCACAGAAGGUCGGAUUAGGAUGCUUCCACAGGCUGUAUUCCUCCUUCACGGCCUCUUGGAGAACGGCCACACUGUGUACGUCCACUGUAACGCCGGGGUCGGCAGGUCCACGGCGGCUGUAUGCGGUCUUCUCAUAUACAUCCUCGGCUGGAGCCUCAGGAAGGUGCAGUACUUUGUCACAGCAAAGAGGCCACCAGUCUACAUAGACGAAGAAGCUUUAGUCCAAGCCCAGCCGGACUUCCUCCAGAAGUUUGGUCAGCUGCGCUCAUCUGUCUCUUACCCAGAGACUUGACAGCUGAGAGGUCUCAUCUGUAAUCUGGAAGCAGAGCGGAAGAUUGACCAUGUCUCAUUCUUAAAAAUGAGUCAGAAGGUGAAAAUAACAUGAAACAAUUAAAAAAACUUCUCCACUAAACUCGAACAUAUGCAAAUAACCCACUUGAGCUGAGUGGUUUCAGAAUGUGGUUGAUUUCUGAGUCUUUAGAGAGAGUUCCGCAGGCUGCCAGAAGGGAUGUUGCAAGUAAUUAAUCAUACUGUGUUAGCUUUUAACUUUGAACACUUGCCCCACACGCUGUUGCAAAGUAUGGAUCCUGUUAGUAAUUUUCAGCAUAUGCCAUUAGGGGAUGGUUUGGAAAGACCUUUUCUUCAGGCCCUUUAGCUUCUAAUCAAUAAACGGAGUUGACAUUUGGAAAACGCGUUAAAAUGAAAUGAAUAAAAACAACAUCCACAAAGUCGAAUACAAAAUAAACGGAGAGCUGGCACAGAGCCACAUGUUUCUAUUUAGUACCAUAGACAGAAUGUAUAAAAAGAAAAACAUGA